CCUGGUAGUUGUAGGCAGAGACCUUACAUCGAACUACAAAUCACUCAAGCAAGACAUUUCCGAGAAAUAAGGAUAACUUUUCAGAAAUGACGCAUCUGAUCCUGCACCGCGGCUUACUCAAGAGUCUUCUCAGAACAUCCGGCCUGCUUGUUUUGAGCCUCAGAGCUGAUUACAGGCAGCUCGAGUAGUUAGCUAGCAUGUUAAGCUAAUUAAAGUUAGCAUGCUUGGCCAUAGCGAGUGAAAGAUGAGCGGAUUAGCUCCGUUAGCCGCGGGAUCACGAGCUGCAGCUUCUUGUUCUAAAAGUAAUUUAACGCUACCUUAGUGAUGAUGUGUUAUAGUGGUGCUGAGAUGUCCAGAAGAAAGAAUUGUGUGUAACGGAGAUGAGAGGAAUUCAGCUUUGUGGAAAUGGACCAUUUCCAAUUUCCGCUGCUUCUCACUGUCGUUCUGCCUAUCUCAGUGUUGUGCAUUCACCUGCCCGCACCUGUUGAGCUUUUAAUGAAUUCUCAGCACUUUGUCCACCUUUUGACCUGGCAGGCUGGACCAGGGUCUCCUGAAGGUGUGCAUUACACUGUGAUGUUUCGUACGCAAAGUAAAACCUGGAUGACUGUGGGGAGUUGUGAGGUGGUACGUUCCCCUUUGUGGUGCAAUUUGACCGAGGUCCUGUCAGAUCCAUAUGAGGUCUACUACAUCAACGUGUCUGCACGUCUGGGGAACCUGACCUCCCAACCCACCGUCUAUGAACCAUUUAUGCCUCUGAAUUAUACCGUCCCAGAGCUGCCUUUACUGACCAUCUCUCCGUGUAAUGAGUCUGUGUGCGUACAUCUUCAGGCUCCAUCUGAGAGGCUGCGUAAUGUUUAUAACUGCUCUCGAUACACAAGCAGUUGCUUUAAGUACAGACUUGAUGUCACUUCAUAUGGAGAAUUCAAGUUCUGGAAGGAAACGCAAAGGUUGGGAACUGUAGUUCUAGAGCAUCUGGUUCCAGGCCAGAAGCACUGUGUGAGUGUGAGCAUCAUCAGUCGCAGCUCUGCUAACGGCCCAGCUGUAUGUACCUCUACAACCAUGGCAUCCAACACAGAUGCUGUAAUCUCUGUGUUUUCAUGCUUGGCGGUGCUACUGUUCUGUGCAGUCUUUUGUCUGCUUUUCGUCUCUGGGUUCCUCUGUCUGAAAACCCACCUACCCCCUGUUCUGAGUUCCUUUCAAAGCCCAUAUAAAGUGCAUUUACUGGCCUUUCCCACUGCUGAAUCCCAAGCCCCUGUUUCACUGGAGCCCAACAUCCUUAAUAACGUCAAGGGAGGCUGCAAGAGUGAUGGGGAGUGCGAAGGCGAGCAUGAAAAUGAGGACGAGGAGGUGGCAUACGAGAGUCUAAGGGGUCAGAUGGCACCUUCAGAAACAAGCUGCUCUUCCAUUCCUCCUACCCCAGAUGUCCAAUAUGAAGGUCUGCAUGAUGGUGGCUCUGUCAGCGAAGUUCCUGCAUCUCCUAUGCGAGUGCCAAAAGCCUUAUGUUCUAUAGCUGCUACAGAGCAUGCACUAAAACCACUGUGUAGGACUGGGUUUGGGUUUCAUUGGAAGGGACAAACACCAAACCAGAUCUUGCCAGCAGGACUCUCUUUACAAGAGCUUAAAAGCAAGGACUUCCUCGGACACAAAAGAAAUGAGGGGCAUGAUGCUGAGGCAGAGGGUAACAUCAAUGUGAAUCUCUUCUCUUUGAGAAGAGGAUGCAUAGAGAAGGAAGAGUUGGAUGAAGAGACAAUGGGGAACAUGGAAAGCCAGGAAAUGCUGGUACCUUUGUCUCCUCAAAGGGAACUAGAAAAUACAACAGACAUCAAGUUCACAUACUCUCCAAGCUCCGAUAGGCACGUUACAGUCUCCGAGGAGGAGGAGGAAGAAGAAGAGUACUCUGGUUAUAUGAUGCGGAACUAGAAUGGGCUGUUGGCAGUUGUGCUGCGGUAUUUUCACCUGUUUUGGACAUUUAUCUAUCCAAAGGCCUACAUGGCAUAUGGCCUAUAGGUUAGUGAGUUUCAAAGGUCACUGAAUCCACAGUAUUCUUCGCUGUCAUUGAGUCAUUUCAGGAAACUCAGUGAGCAGUGUUUUUGGUACUGCUUACUCUGAAUUUGCCUUUUCAUUUUUGCUUUUUCAUCCUCUGCUGUCUAGCCUAUAUGCAGAUUUCUGGUAUUCAUGUAAUCAAAACAAGCAUGGAGCUAAAGCAUUUCACUUGAGGUUUCAUUUUGAGGUGGUCAUCCUGAAUUCUGCACAUAUUCUGUGAUAUUUUCACAAAUUAGGGAUGCAACGAUCAAUUGACUUAGUCAAAUUAAAUUGAUGACCAAAUUAGUUGGCAGCUAAUUUAAAAGUCGAUUAGCCAGUGACGUCAUUCCACGUUUAUCAUGCUAUCAUACCGCUUAAUGAAGAGUUAACAAAAGGGUGAUGGAAGCCUCAGGAACAAAAAGUGUGGGAGCAGUUCACGCUUAACUCUGGAGCAUCUGAAGAGGAAAUGCGUCUCCUCGUUGGAUGAAGCUCAUGUGAUAAUGUGAGGUUAUGUGAAAAGCCGUCCUACUUCAUGUUAUGAGCUGAGCUGUAACUUUUUCUAUUUUGGAAUGCAUAUUCUCUGGAAUCGUUAAUGGUGUUGAAACAGAUAGUCACUAUUAUUCACAAUGAUCAUGUUGACAUUUCAAAUGAUGUUUACAGUUUUAAAUCCUGCAUCGUUGUCUUAAUGUCAAGGCCAACGAGGCGUUAAAAUUUGGCGAACAUAGGAGAAUGUUUUCAUACAGCUGCAAACAGUUUUGUGUUAUCCUUGAUUCUCCGUUAAUGUUUGUUACCACUCGCAAAUAGUUUCAGGGGGUAGUUCUCUGCACACACAUUGGGGUGUUUACAGAAAAUCAUUCAGAUUUAACUGUUCAUAGAUAGAGCUGCAGGUUAAGAAAGUUGCCCACAAUUACACUAUUUCAAGAAUAUUGCACUCAGAAAAGCGAGAUAGGAUUAUAUAACGGAGAAAAUGCAGUGAUCCAUACACGUUUGUGUUUUUAUUGUUUGUGUGAUAUGGUCAUGUAGUUGUUGAAGCAGAGAGGACCUGUUGGUUUGAUUAGAGAAUACCGAUUUAGUUUUGUUACGUUUUAUUGCUACUACUUUGCAUAUCCAUGUUUUUAAAUUUUGACAGGAAAAAGACUUCUUGUAUUAGUAGGAAAGUCCAUUAAAGCAGUGAAGGUUAAAAUAAGGUAUUCAUUAAACAACCUCGAGCUAAAUUUAAAAGCUAAUAGCUACAUAGGAGUUAUUUGGUAAUUGAGCGAUUGAUAAUCUGAUCAGAUGAUUAUUCGACUGUCAAAAUAGUCGUUUAUUGCAGCCCUUUCACAAAUAAUCCAUUUGUAUACCAAAUCCUAGAUUUUAUCAGAAUAUUGGAGCCAAUCGAGUGUGAUAUUAAUGGAUUGGUACCGGAUUGCUACCACUAUAUUAAAUUUGGACUUCUUUUAUGAUCAGCCAGUUGAACUUGAUGACUCGCUUGAUGUAUUGGUACUGACUAAUUGGCAAAUUGAAUAUCUACAGGUUAUUAAAAAGCCAUGUUUAGCAGGCUGAAAGUUCACAAUUUCAUUUCAAAUUCACAAGAGGGUGCUAUUAGCAUUUAAGUAUAAUGAGAUGGUUGAGUGCAAAAACACAAUAUGAACAGAGCAAUUUUUUAAAUGCUGUACUAUUUGCAAACACACACAUGGUUUACACAUACUACAGUGUGUGUCCUUUGCAAAUAAACAGAACAUGGAUGUAAAAAGCAUUAGCCUAGCACAAAACAUGCAGAUGCAGCACUAUUUUCUAAUUGUACGUGUAUGUUAACACUUGACAUAAAAAUGCAACAUGUUACAAAUACAAAAAAAUGUACGCCAUUUGUAAAGAUUUUCUCACAGGCUAAGCCAUUUCUUGAGCUGCGCAUAAUUUCGCCUCCUUAAGUAGGUGGCACUGAUGCUCUUAAAGAGGAAACCAUUGUUUGCGAAUCACAAAGGUUGUGAAUAUAUAACUGGGACAUUACUGUUACAACCCACAAAUGUCCAUGUUUAAGCUUCAGGAGCUGGGAGUACUAUAAAACCCAGAAUAAGAGAGUGAAUGCACACAUAAGAGUACAAAUCCCAUAAAAGCACUUAACAUGAAGAUUAAACAUAAAUUAGCAUUGUUGCAGUGGUGGCCAAGAUAAAUUAAAGCUACUAAUAAAGGUUUGUGCACUGUAUUGUUAUAUAAUGGUACUGUAUGUGCAUCUGUCAUUUAUGCUAAUGAAAUUAUUGACUCAUCAAUGUGGCAUUAACUGGUCAUACGGAAAGUAAUCGAUCCCACUUCCUAGUUUACAGUAGUGUUUGAGUUUGAAUUGUUCACUGAGAAGUUUAAAAGCAAUGCAAACAGUAAAUGAUUUAAAUUAAAUAUGUACACAAACACCGACAUACAAAGUAAGCCCCAGCUCAGUUUUUUUUCGUUCUCCAUGUUUAGUUGGAUAUCUCUCCAUGCACUCGUAUGGAUACACGAAAACUUUAUCAUCUAAUCAUCUAGUCACUGCUUUGCUAGCCAUUUCAGUAGUCAAACUUUGGUGACCAUAAUGGUGCAGGAGAUCGUAAUGGUAUUGUAUCAUUUACAGUGUUAAAUUGGGUAGCUGUCAGUUUAAUUCCAGGUUGAAGUGUUACAUUUCUUUGGAAGCUUUGUUUUAUCAUUAGAGUUUACUGGAUAGUGCCAGAACUAUAGUGCCACAUGUCUGCUUUGCAGGUUGGAGAGAAUUUUCUUUUAAAUAUUUUAAAAACUUUGUAAAGUAGGAAAUAUAAUGGUUUGUUGCUUCAUGAGGGUACCAAAAGUUAUUUUUUUAUGGGUCAUAAACAUUUAUUAGUGCCAACAUGUUACUCAUAAUGAUCUACAUAUAUUGCCACAUGCGCAUGUAUUCUUUUAUGUUGUAUUAGGUAUUGUUCCUUAUCAGGUUCAGGAAGCUCAGAAGUUACAUUUUUAAGUUUUUUGCUCAGUGAACAGUAAAUCAAUAAUUUGGGUAUUUCUCCCAUCACUGCAUUUACAUUUUCAGAACUUUUUCAUGUAGGCAGAAAGUGCUUUUUUCAUGCCAGUUCCCAUCACAAAUAGUCUUGCUCAAUAAGAAGCUGCAUUUCUGGAAAGAUGCUUUGGAAUGGAGCUUGUUGUAGAAAGUAGAAAUAGAACUGAAUUAAUUUUUUGGACACUGAGAGCGAGAAGUCCGUUAACUGGGUUUAUUUGAAAGAUUUUAAACUCUUAACCCCUUAAGUGGCAAGGAUGUGUAAUCCAUGUAGUUAGUGAAUAAUGAGCCUUUGGAUGUAAAACGCCUGAUAUUUUUAAGGGGUUAAAUAUGCAGUAUUUAAAUAUCAAAUGUUUAUAUGUUUAAAACAUUGUAAAUUCUCAUCUGCCUCGUACAGUAAGAGUCUAAUGGACACAACGCAUAUUAUGUAUGUUUUUUUUUUUUUUUAAGUCUUUUGAAAGGCUUU